AUGACCGAUGAGCAAAUUUGUGAAUUUAUGGAAUCGGUUGAAACAGACGAAGAAGCUGAUUUUAAUAGCGAUGACGAUAUGAAUGACCCGGAUUUCGAACCUAAUGAAAUAAGCCCCGAAGAUGAACGGUACAUAUCGGAGUUUUCGUUGAGCUUGAGUGCAAUCAAGGAAGAUCUUCCCUCAACUUCGCCAAAUGAAGAAGUUGAAAAAGCUUCAGGAGAAGAAGGGCCAUCAACUUCAACACCACGUUUGAAGCCACCAAAACGUGCCCGUUCCCUUUUGCCUGAAUUUGAUUGUAGUGGUCCGUCCAUUGUGCCUUCCUCUGGAGGUUUCAGCGGAACAGCAAUAACCAAAGAUUCGGCUGAGUUUUCCAAAGUUAUAUGGCGAAAAAGAUCGAUGUGUUUGCAUGUAAAUGAGGUGGCCUUCCGUGGUGACUCAAGCCUACCAUCUUCAAUCAAAGAGCUUGGAACUCCGAUGGAGAUAUUUCGCUAUUUCUUCACUAAGAAAAUGGUUGACAAGAUUGCUUUAGAAUCGAGCUGGACAGCUCGCAAUGUCGAUAUCAACUCCAAGUUCAUAACAUCCGGCGAAGAAAUUUACAAAUACAUUGGCAUUCAUGUUUACAUGAGCAUUUACCGAUAUCCCAAUUUGGAAAGCUAUUGGGACCCAAAUGCGUUUCAACCAAUAGCAAAAACGAUGCCUAAAGCAAGGUUUAUGGCGAUAAAACAAUAUUUGUCUUUUUCGUGA